AAAAAAAAAUAAACCAGCCUCUUCAGGCACAGGCUCUCAAUGCGGUUGCUGCACCCUAAACUACGACGUUCGCGACGUUCGAUACCAGACACACAGUCUACGAGCUACCCUCGCACCCAUUUCCCAGCCCUGUAGAUGCAACGCUUGCGUACGCGUCUCGAAACAAAGCAGGAGCACCAAGCCUGCAGAGAGGUUUGGUGCACCGCAAUCGCCGUCGAACUACUUUUGAGCAUCGCAGCAUCGAAGUAAGACGCCGUCGAUUAGCCGUCCAAGGCCAUUACUCUCGCGAGCACAAACAACAAGAUGGCCCACAUCAGUCGCCGCGCGACGCUGCGGGUGUGGCUCCAGGAACGGGACGCUCGCCGCGUCUGGGUGCAGGACACGCUCUUCGUCGCCUCGGCGCCGUCCGCCUUGUCCGAUCCGGCGUUUGUCGACAUGCUUCGCUCGCCGAGGCACUCACCGAUGCCUCGCAGGCUCCCGAUCCACGAGGCCGCGCGGUACUGGGACGUCGACCAGAUCCAGGAGCUCAUCUCGAAGGGCGUGAACCCCGACGCCCUCGACGAGCCCGGUGGCCGCACGCCGCUCUUCUUCGCGUGCUGCGAGGAGUCGAACUUCACGGCCGCGCUGAGCAACGACGAGGGGCACGCGGACGCCCAGGUCGCGUGCGCGACGGCGCUGCUCCGGGCCGGCGCGUCGGCGAAGGCCGCCAACGUCUAUGGGUUGGGGCCUAUCCACUGCGCCGCCGCGUGCCGUAGAGCCGGCGCGCGCCUCGUCGAGCUGCUCAUUAUUUAUGGAGCCGACCCGAACCAGUCCACGGGCGGCGGGCGCACGCCCCUCCACGCGGCGGCGCAGCACGGCCACGCCGCCACGGUCCACGCCCUCCUCCGCGCGGGCGCCGACGCCAACUUUAGAGGUCGCUACGGCACGGCCCUCGAUUUAGCGAACUGCCCGCAUCCUACCGGCGCCUCACGUCAUUGACGCGACUCACGACUCACGACUCAAUCGCACGCAGGCCCAAGAUCACGGCCCGCGCGCACCGCACGCGGUGCCGCCGCGUCCUCCCGUACCUACUGAGGGCCGGCGCGUCGUUACCGAAGGAGAGCGAGUUCGUCUACCUGCAGAAGGUCAUGGAGCUCGGGAGCUUCGCGGCCUACGAGUCCCUCCACCUCGCGGCGCUGGCCAAGGUGUUCGUCCCCAAGUUCCCGGGCCUACCCGAAGAAAUUGUGCGCCUCGUGCUCACGUUCUGGGCGCACCUCGGCUUCUACUGAACCGCAGUCGCCCCCUCUCCUCCGCCGGUAGUUGUGGCAACCACAUCUUCGAUGGCGCGACCCCCCACCCCCUCCCUGUCGCUGGUAGUAGUUGUAAGUGAAGUACAAACAAAGGAAGCUUAUCAA